UACCCAGUUUCUUUAAUGUUUGCAACCAAAACAUCACACAUGUGGUAUUGUUCAUUCUGAGUUUUAAAAUCAUUACAAAAAUGAGGCUCGAAUGUAGUAAACACAGUAGCCAGCCUUUAACAUGCAUUUAAAGAGAUGAGUUAUCCUAGGGCAUCCAAGAUAAUUUCGAAGGAGGCCUGGGCUAUCCACAGUUGCACCUGCCUUAGAAGUCAAGAAGAACUGGUUUUCUGGGUCACUUUACCCUUACUUAGCCUGGGGUAUUUCCAAGUGGCAGAGCUGCAGACCGUGGAACCCAUUCCUCGCAUUCUGAGAAUUCAAGAAAACAUGGGUUUUCUUGACUCUGCUCAGCAUUUCCCUCAGCACCCCCUUGACUCUGCUCAGCAUUUCCCAAAGUAAUGUUUCCACUUAAAGAAUGUUUGCGCUUUUCUCUUUCUUUUCUUUUUUGCCCCCAAAUCCACAUGUUUUUCUAUGAGAAAAGAGCUUUUCCCGAUCUCUAAGGAGGAGAAAUUCCCAAAUCCAACUGUUGCUAAGACCUUGUCCCUGAACUUGUCAACUUCUUCCUUGUUCCCCACCUCCCCUUAUGUACCAACCAAAGGAAGCCUUCUGUCUUCCUUUUUGGUAAAUAGCCUCAGAGAGGAGCAUUUACUCCAGCCAGAAAGACCUCUGACAUCUGGGCUUUAAGGGCUUCUGAAACGAGACUGACAUAUAGACUUUGCCAGAGAGGCGGCUACCCUUCUCAUUCUUCCUAAAAGGUCUGGGGUCUUUCUUCCAGCCUCAUACCGGCUGCUGGCUUAGACCCUGUGUAGCCCCACACGCGCCGAAGCACACGAGCUUCCUCAGCAGGGAAACCUGAAAGGCUCGCUUUUGUACACUCUGGGCCAAAUUUCUCCCGAAUUAAUAUUGCAUUUUCUCCCUGACACUAGAUGCGUCAUCUCCCUGCGGACUAGGCCAGCGAGUGGCCCUCUCAGCGAAAGCUGUGUCCCACGCUCUAAAACAACAGAGCAGUGCUUGUGGAAUUAGACUGUGUUUACCACGAUGGCCACCGCUCCAGCCCCUAGGAUGUUUGAGAAACUGAAAAAAUAAGCUUUGCAAGCUGCCUAGGUUCUGCAAAAUCAGCAGGCACCUGCUGUGACCAAUCCAGGCCUGCCUUUGGAAGAGAUAUUGGCUCAAUCUUUUCAACUUGCUGAUUGGCUUUGAGGAGUGGCCGGAGCUCCCAGCUCCCCAUUGGUGGAUGAAAGUUAAAGGUGGGCCUCCUGCAAGUUGUUGUCCUGUGACAAAAAGGAAUGUCUUGGGAAUUUUUUUUUUUUUCCUGCUUUGGAGGCCCAGGCUCAAGGCAAAUUAUAAGUAGGAAACCAAUUUGAAGGAAAGAAAUUUGAACCGAGCUAAGGUAUCAGGCCCCGAGAGAGACGAACAGCCCAUCUGAAGUCUGCGGGCACCUCUGACAAACUCAGAGGCUUGUUUUAAGGGAAGGGCUACUAGAUUUUUACCAACAGCAAGCACAGAGCGGAGCGUGGCGAGGGCCGAGGGCGCGCUGGAGAGCAGGCAGGGCCGCCAUGGGGCUGCUGCACGGCCUGUUCCGCGCCCGGAAGCUGCUGCUGGUCGUCUGCGUCCCGCUCCUGCUGCUGCCUCUGCCCGUCCUGCACCCCAGCAGCGAGGCCGCGUGUGCUUACGUGUUGAUCGUGACUGCUGUCUACUGGGUGUCUGAGGCGGUGCCUCUUGGAGCUGCAGCCCUGGUGCCUGCCUUCCUCUACCCGUUCUUCGGAGUCCUCCGAGCCAGCGAGGUGGCGGCCGAGUACUUCAAGAACACCACGUUGCUGCUGGUGGGCGUCAUCUGCGUGGCGGCUGCCGUGGAGAAGUGGAACCUGCAUAAGCGCAUCGCUCUGCGCAUGGUCUUGAUGGCCGGGGCCAAGCCGGGCAUGCUGCUGCUUUGCUUCAUGUGCUGCACCACAAUGCUGUCCAUGUGGCUGUCCAACACCUCCUCCACCGCCAUGGUGAUGCCCAUCGUGGAGGCCGUGCUGCAGGAGCUGGUCAGUGCCGAGGAGGAGCAGCUCGUGGCGGGCAACUCCAGCGCCGAAGAGGCCGAGCCCAUCAGUCUUGAUGUAAACAACAGCCAGCCUUCUCUGGAACUCAUCUUUGUCAAUGAAGACACCUCGACUGCAGACCUCGCUUCUCUGAUGCACAGCAAGAACCUGAAUGGUGUGCCUACGAUCACCAGCCCCAUUAAGACAGCAAACCAACACCAGGGCAAGAAGCAACACCUGUCCCAGGAAAAGCCACUAGUCGUGACCCCCAGCCCCAGGAACCAGGAGCUGAACAAAAAGUACAGGUCUCACCAUGACCAAAUGAUCUGCAAGUGCCUCUCUCUGAGCAUAUCCUAUGCUGCUACCAUCGGCGGCCUGACCACCAUCAUUGGCACCUCCACCAGCCUCAUCUUCCUGGAACACUUCAACAACCAGUACCCAGCCGCAGAGGUGGUGAACUUCGGCACCUGGUUCCUGUUCAGCUUCCCCAUAUCCCUCAUCAUGCUGGUGGUCAGCUGGUUCUGGAUGCACUGGCUGUUCCUGGGCUGCAAUUUUAAAGACACCUGCUCUCUGAGCAAGAAGAAGAAGACCAAAAGGGAAGAGUUAUCAGAGAAGAGGAUCCAGGAGGAAUAUGAAAAGCUGGGAGAUAUUAGCUACCCUGAAAUGGUGACUGGAUUUUUCUUCAUCCUGAUGACAGUGCUGUGGUUUACCCGGGAGCCUGGCUUUGUCCCUGGCUGGGAUUCUUUCUUUGAAAAGAAAGGCUACCGCACCGAUGCCACCGUCUCUGUCUUCCUUGGCUUCCUCCUCUUCCUCAUUCCAGCAAAGAAACCCUGCUUUGGAAAAAAGAAUGAUGGAGAGGACCACGAGCACUCUCUGAGGAUGGAGCCCAUCAUCACAUGGAAGGACUUUCAGAAGACCAUGCCCUGGGAGAUUGUCAUUCUGGUUGGAGGAGGCUAUGCUUUGGCCUCUGGUAGCAAGAGCUCUGGCCUCUCUACAUGGAUUGGGAACCAGAUGUUGUCCCUGAGCAGUCUCCCACCAUGGGCUGUCACCCUGCUGGCAUGCAUCCUUGUGUCCAUUGUCACUGAGUUUGUGAGCAACCCAGCCACCAUCACCAUCUUUCUGCCUAUCCUGUGCAGCCUGUCUGAAACGCUGCAUAUUAACCCGCUCUACACCCUGAUCCCAGUCACCAUGUGCAUCUCCUUUGCAGUGAUGCUGCCUGUGGGCAAUCCCCCCAAUGCCAUCGUCUUCAGCUACGGGCACUGCCAGAUCAAAGAUAUGGUGAGUUGUGGCUGCCUUCCCCGACCAGGCCCAGCUGCCACGAGGACAGGGAUGACCUGCUCCGUAGCCUUCCCCCAGAGCUUACUAUACUGUAGCAGUGUCCCUGGACUGUCAACACUCAACAGAGUGUGGCAGAAAGAAUGGGGCCUGUGAAAAGGUUUUUGGUUGGUCCAUAUGGACCAAGAAUAGCAAUACUGUGCUCCCCCACCCUUACCUGGAAGAAAGUAGGUACUUAGCUAGAGCUGGAACAGACACAGGCAGUGGCCCAGUUCCAGAAGGCAUGAGCUUGCACAAAGCUUUGCCUGUUUCUUCAUUGGACCAGUGGGGAUAUUCAUUCAAAAGGCGGCUGGUUUAUUCAUAGAGGAUGAAGUAUGAGAAACUGUAUGAACCUAGAGUGAAAGGGGUUUUAUGAAAACAAGAUUCUUCUGCUCAACUCUUCCCCAAGCAAGAAACCCCUGAGGCACCAAUGGAAAAUGAAGCAUCUUCCAUUCAUUUCUGUUUUCAUUUGGGCUCACAAAAGAUGGCUUUGAGGAGACAUUCUGCUGCUGACUUUAGUGUUGGACUUAUCCACCCUCCUCCAUUCCUCAAGCUAGACACAUUGCUAUGCUUCUCAAUACCCAGGGCUGAUGGGGGUUGGGGAGAGGAUGGAAAACACUGAUAUAAAUUACUGGGACCUGACUGUCCGAAAUAGGGCCCAUUCACCCUUGCUGAUGGUCUGAAAUCUGUUUUUCAUGGGAGUCCAAACUUGUUCUCAGCAGUCCUGUAACAUAUCAAAUGGAGGAAUGGAAGAGUUUCAGGCUGUUGGCACGUAUUAGGUUCUUUGGACUAUUCAAACUGCUUAUCUAAGUUAUCUGUGAUA